AUGGAGGGUGAUAUGAUCGCUGCAUUCCAGGCGGAGUAUGAGGAGGAGAUGCUCAACGAGGAGGUGGUGCCAAGACGUCGACGCCGCCGAGAGUUCAUCAGGCGUGAUCGUCUGGGUGCCCACGAUCGGCUCUUCGAGGACUACUUCACCGACGACUGCAACUAUCCUCCGAGCUACUUUCGGCGAAGGUAUCGGAUGAGGCGAUCCCUUUUUCUGAGCAUUGUGGAUAGAUUGGGUGAAUACUCUCUGUAUUUCACCCAAAGAGUUGAUGCUCUCAACCGUGCUGGUUUUUCUCCCCUACAAAAGUGUACUGCGGCUUUGCGUCUGUUAGCUUAUAGAGCCGCUGCAGAUACGAUAGAUGAGUAG